AUGAAUAAUAGAAAUCGUACAAUUAUAAUUAUUAAAGAAUAUAGUUUAAUAUUUAAAUUAAUUAGGAAUGAUAAUAAAGAAAAUCAAUUGAUUAAAAUUUUAAAUGAUAAUGAAAUUGGUGAAUUAUUUUAUAAUAAAAUUUGGAAAAAUAAAUAUUUAAGAAAAAUUAUUUCAAAUCAAUUAUUAAAAGGUACGAUUGAAAGAAUAGGUGAGAAUGAAAAAACCUUUUUAGAUAUAAAAAGAUUAAAUAAAUAUAAAAAUAAAAAUUUUUUAAAAUCAAUUAUUAUUUUGGAUAAUAUGGAACCGUCAACAAUUAAAUUACCAAAAUCAAUAACUAAACUAUCACUUCCAAAUUUUAAGAGAUAUUUAAGAGAGGGAUAUUUUGAAUCAGACUCCAUUACAGAAUUGAAUUUAUUAGGAUAUGAUGAGCAGUUAUCAUAUGGAUCAAUUCCAAAUUCAGUUAAAACUAUUAGAUUUUCAAUAUUUAAUCAAGCAAUUCAACAAGAUUGCUUACCUGAACAAUUGGAAACUUUAGAAUUUGGUUUAUUAUUUAAUCAACCCAUUGUAGAAUAUUCAAUACCACAAAGUUUAACAUUACUAAAUUUUGGUCAUUCAUUUAAUCAAUCAUUAGAGAAUGCAAAUUUAGGUGCAACUUGUAUUACUACAUUAAUAUUUGGUAAUAAUUUCAAUCAACAAAUUCAAAUUGGUCAACUUCCAUCACAAUUGAAAACACUUUAUUUUGGAAAUGGUUGGUCACAACCAAUCAUAGCAAAUUCAUUUGGUCAAUCCAUUACAGAUUUAACAUUUUCAAAAUUUAAUCAUCCAAUUUCACCAGGUGAUUUACCUUGUUCUUUAUUAAAAUUAACAUUUAAAAGUAAUUUUAAUCAAAACCUUUUACCAAAUUCAAUACCAAACUCUGUUGUUGAUUUAUUUUUAGGUGUAUCAUUUGAUAAACCACUAAUUGAAGGUUCAAUACCAAAUUCUUGUACAUCAUUAUCAAUUACAGGAAUUUUUAACCAAAUGUUACAAUCAUACUCUAUUCCAAAAUCAAUUAUAUCAUUAGAACUUGGUUAUUGUUUUGAUCAACCACUUGAAAAUGCAAAUCUAUCAUCAACUUCAAUAACUUCAUUAAUAUUGGGUGAUAGAUAUAAUCAAUCAAUUAACAAAGGUUAUCUUCCUAAUAAUUUAAAAUAUUUAAAACUUGGUGCAGAAUUUAAUAAACCAUUAAUAGUUGGAUCCAUGGAUUCAAUUAAAAAAUUAAGAUUAGGUUAUAAAUUUAAUCAAGAUAUUCCAAUUAAUGUAAUACCUUUGGUUGAAUCAUUAGAAUUGGGUUCUAGUUUUAAUAAAAAACUUGACACAUUUAUUAUUCCUUCUGUAAAAUCAUUAACAAUUUGUAAUCGGUUAUAUGAUCAUAUAAUUCAAGAAAAUGAUUUACCAAAUGUAAAAGAACUUAUCUUUAUAUAG